UCCACAUCGUGUACGAUUUGUAAAUUAGAAAAACAACUCCAUUUCCGUCUGGGAAAAUUUGGGGAAAAAAGAAAAAAGCAAGAGAAGAAGAAUUAUGAAAUAUGUUAUUGCUAUAUAGUGACAGAUAAGAAAUAACCAAAGCAAAUAUUAGGGAGGAUUGUAGCCUUUUGUAGGUGGUGUUAGUCGUCUAAUACAGAUAUGGGUAGGAGACAACACUAGCAUAGGUAGUGAAUGGACACAGAAGAUACCGAACUGUAACCAAGAUUAAUACAUGUAGAUUAACCAACUAAUCUAAAACCAUGGCUAUGAUCACCAGAAGGAUGUUCAACGUUAGACAUUGUCUUACAGUGUUAUUACUGCUAGCCAUUUUGUUAAUCUUCUGUGUCCUAAGUGGGGGAUUGAGUUCUCCAGAUAAUUCUUUCGAUCCUUAUGAGGUCUAUGGAAAAUGGCCAACUAUUAUCAUGUAUAUUAUGAGGUACAUGACACUAAUUCCACUUCCUUUGUCCAUCUGUAACUUUCUAGGAAUCGUCAUGUUUAACACUCAUCCAAGAAAACCAAAGUUAAAAAUGUCCACAUUAUUUGGUCCGUUCAUUUGUUUCCGUGUUGUGACAAGGGGAACAUAUCCAGAUUUAGUGAAGCGAAACGUUAGUAGAAAUAUUGAAAUGUGUUCAUUGGUUGGUUUGGAUAAUUAUAUAUUCGAAGUUGUAACAGACAAAUCAAUUGACAUGCAGAAAAGUACGCGUGCUCGUGAACUUGUUGUGCCGUCAACAUACACUACUGCCAAUGGUACUCUUUACAAAGCUAGGGCGUUACAAUAUUGUUUAGAAGAUGGAGUUAACAUGUUAUCUAAUAACGAUUGGAUUGUUCAUCUUGAUGAAGAGACUUUAUUAACCGAAUCGUCUAUCAUAGGAAUUAUUAAUUUUAUUCAUGAAGAUAAAUACCAGCUAGGUCAGGGAGUCAUUACUUAUGCCAAUGAAGAAAUUAUCAGUUGGAUUACUACCAUAGCAGAUUUAGUGCGAGUUGGAAUCGACUUUGGAAUUUUAAGAUUUAGCUUAAAUUAUCUACAUAAGCCUCUAUUCAGCUGGAAAGGAAGUUUCGUAGUUGUAAAUGCAGGAGUUGAAAGAAAAGUGACUUUUGAUUUUGGAAUUGAUGGAAGUAUUGCUGAAGAUUGUUUUUUUGCAUUAACAGCUUGGAAGAGUGGUUAUCAGUUUGGGUUCAUUGAAGGAGAAAUGUGGGAAAAGAGUACGUUUUCACCGAUGGAUUAUAUUCGACAAAGAAAACGUUGGGUUCAGGGAAUUAUAAUGACUUUAUUAUGCCCAUCUAUACCUCCAAAGUACAAAUUUGGCAUAUCUUUCAUGGUACUUGGGUGGCUGUCAAUGCCAUUUACCGUACCAAACAUUAUAUUAGUGCCACUAUGUCCACUACCCAUGCCACAAAUAGUCAAUUUUUUAUGUGGUUUCAUGGGUGGGGUCAUGCUUUUUCUAUUUGUAUUUGGUUCAACAAAAUCUUUUAACUAUAGACGUUUAGGUGUAGUUAGAUUUUUAUUUCUCUGUAUAUCACCGAUUUUAUUACUUCCUGUUUGUAUAACUAUGGAAACGUGUGGUAUUGUAUUAGCAUUACUGUCUCGUAAAUCUGGUGGAUUUCACAUUGUUGCUAAAGAAGUGUCAGGACAAGUAUUAGAUGUUUAGAUUUAAAUCAUUGUUAUAUAUUUAUUUUGUUGUUUAUUUCUUGUACAAUUUACUUAUAGUAAGUACAGUGUACUUAUAGUAAAUACAUGUUGUAUCAAAGUACAAAUGACCUUAUUUUGAACUCGGCUUAGAGGAAACCUAAUGUAUACUGUAAUUUAUUGAAGACAUUAUUUUAAUUUUCCUGCCAAUCUAAAUCUUUGAAAAUAUAUCAACAUUACUAUCAGGGAGGCUUCAACGUCUUGAUCUCACAAUUAUUGUAAACCAUUAAAAUUUAUGAAAAGGGGUACUGUAAAUUCAGAAAUUAUUGCUUGCAAUUAAAAUUGCAAUUUUUGAAAUAAUGGACAAAAAUGUAUGAAAGAGGGUACAAAUUUUGUGUAAUCAAACAGUUCUCAGUACAGUUUCUUCAACCUUCACAGGCAGAUUGCACAUAUAUGUUUUAGUUGUCAUCCUGCCAUUCUGGAUUUUUCUAAGGAUGUUUUCAGACUUUGGAACCGUUAUUAAAUAUUCUUCUCGUCAAAUCCAUUUUGUUUUAUAGCUUUAAUUGAAAUAAAUCAAAACUAACUUAUUGAGAUGGGUACGUUUGAAAGUAUCAACUCUUGAUUUAAGAUUAUUUUCAUUAUAAAACCAUCUUUUAAUUAUAUAUACAUGUCAUGCAUGUAGAUUCAUUUCUUAAAACUUCUGUGCCAUAUGACAUGUGGACAACAUGUUUGCAAUAUUGAUAAACCAUAAUUCAAAUUGAGAAUUGAUUUAAACUAAAGAUAUUUUAAUAUUUCGAAAAAUAAUGGAAUCAUAAUAUUUGCCUUCUGAGUAAACCUAAGUCAUACUAGUUGGUUUCAUCUUUCUAUGUUUACAUGCACUGAUAAUCUGAGGUGUUUCUACUCAGGAACUUAAUUUUCAUUUUAAAGUAGUCAUGGAAGAGGCCAGUUCGUUUAACUUGCUUAACAGUGCUUAGUGCUUACCAAACAUUAUUUGCCUCUGAAGUAUUGAAAAAAAACAUGUAUUUUAUUAUCAUGAUUAUUUUGCCUUGUUGUUCAACUUGCUUAGUGCUUAGCAAUCCUUAUUUAUAGCAUAUUAAUUUCUGCCUUUUCACACCCUAAUAUUGAGAAAAAUAUAUAUAUAUUUUUUUAUUUUGCCUUUUUAGAAUGUUAGAUCUCUUUUACAUUCCAGUUUAGUGUUUGCAUUUGCUUGCCAUUCUAUUGGGGUUUUUUUUCAGAUUUUUAUAAACAAGAUUGAGUGUAAUUUUAUUAUGACUGAUGUCUAUAAACAACAGUAUUUGUUAUUGAAUCUUCAAAUAAUGUAUAUGUAUGAAUUUAGUUUAUACAACAUUCACUGAAGAAAAAUAUAUAUAUAUUUACAUAAAACAUGUUAAACCAAGGAUAUGUUCUGUUGCUGUCUUUUCUAAAUGCAGCUAUUGCACAGGCAUAUCAAACGAAUGCCAAAUUAGAUACAUGUCAUGUGCAUGUAGAAGUUUAUUUGUUAACCUUAAAAUGAACCUUAAAUUUUUACUGAACCUUAUCACCUUUCUUAAAACAUGUUAUAUUGUAUUUUUGAGUAAAAAAAUAACCUUUUUUUUUUUUUAUUUUGUUGAAGAAAUUAUUAAUGAGUACGAUUGUUAUAUAUGGGUUUUAUUUUUAUUCUCACAGAUACUCUUAUGUUGAAAGACUAUUUCGGGUAUUUGUUUGCCAUAAUUUGCUAGUCAGAAGGUGCUACAUCUAUAUGUUAAUUUUUACUAAAGUAAAAUCGUUUCCAUUUUUAUUCUUAUCGAAACUAGAGCUAGCAUCUUGUGCCACAUUUAACGCUGCCAGCUGUUGAUUUUGUUACAAGAUUUUGUUAAAGAAUGGAUGAUAUUAAAAUUGACACAUGUACUUAAUACACAAAAUAAUCAGGACAUAAUUUAUUUUCCUAAUUUAAAAUAAUGAUGCCUAUUGAAUUUUUAAGCAUGAUUUUUGUAUCAUUCUUUUGGUUGCAUUUCAUUGACAUGAUCAAUUAAUUGA